ACAGAGUUGGACAUCUUAUUAUUCACACUAUCUUACCGGAAGUCAGCAGCAGGUGCCGCAGGAAAAGCUCAGCCUGAAAGAAUAAGAAGCUAGCGGUCUUUAAUUACAACAAUCCACUCAAAUACUACAAGGAUAAUCUUUUCACAAAUAAUAUUUAUCCCCCAGCUAAAAUGAGCGCUGCUGUACCCAACCAUCGAAGGACCAAGCCUGGUGGCAUAAAGCCAGGGGCUGCUAACAGUGGUGUGACCGGACCAACCUCGCAGAUCCCGGGUCUGUCCCAGAGCGCCAACGAGGCCAACGCCCAGGUGGAGAGGAUCAGCGGUCGGAGAGUUGGAAUAUUUGAGUCCGACUCGGAGUACGUGAAGCUCGCAAAGCAGGGGGGGCACAAAGGGCUGCUGAGUCAUGAUUUGGAUUCUGAUGACAAACCCAAGAAGCCCUACAACCCCUCCAACUGGUUCGGAGGAGAUGAAAAGAGUGGAAGUAAAUCCCCAUCUCCCGACAGCCAGAAGGCAGGCAGGCAGCUUUUGGCCGCUCCGUUCGGCACCGAUAACGAUUCGUCCUGGGAAAGAGAGACCGAUAUAAUCUCCCCAGAUAAAGAGAAGAUGUCUCCAGAUGGCGUCGCCCAUCAGAUGGAGGGUCUGUCACUAACCAGCAAGUACAAGAGGAUAUCCUACGAUAAGAAGGCUCCUCCGGUCAGCAUGUCCAAGCUGCUGAGUCAUGGCUACGUGGAGCCGAAGAUGAAGUCUUCAAAUGACGACGAUGCCUCAAGUAUCAGUGUGACAUCAGAACAAACCAGCACCAUCAUGACGGAGGACGUGGAUGAUCUGGAGUAGUGCUCUCAGGUUCUGUUCAGGAACACCAUAGGGGGGUGGCUGUUCCUCACCCCCCCCCCUCCGAGUUCACUCACAUCUACUAUACAUCCACUGACUGUUAGGGUUUGUACUUAUGUUUAUGCAAAGGUCCUGUCCUCCUUAUUUAUUUGCUCAACUCUUUAAGAGCAGCUGUUUGGCGUUGAUCCGUCGGUGCUGGCUGUACCUCUCUGUUUGUGAUUUCCUCGAUUUGAAGGACAAGUUUGACUCGGGGUCAGAAACCCGCAGCCGCUGCUUCGUUUACACUUUUCCUUUCCAGCUGCUGUUGGCUUCUCUCCCGGGUUGUAUGAAGAUCGAGUUGGUAGCGUUUUGAUGUUUGUGCUAACGAAUCGUGGUUCCAGUGAUGUGACGUAUUGUUUCUAUCAGGGUUUCCUGCUGUGCGUACGAUCGAUUACGGGGACAUUAACCCUGUGGCUGUGAUCGGAGGAGCACCGGCGGGCUCAGCCGGUGUGAAAAGAAGCCAAAAACCAUUUUUAGUUGCUUUUUAAUGAUCCCACUGAAACUUCUGCUAUUGUUUAGCUGUGAUUCAAGUUUACCUGCCAAAAUCAAAGCUCAAAACGCUGUUCCCAACCACAUUAGCAUUGGUGCCAAGCUUCCCCUUUACUGUUAAAUAACUGGGUUUUCCCUCAGCCGGGAACGGGAAGUGGCUUCCUUCGUUAGAUUGAACCAGAUUUUCUUUGGGCGGAUUGGUUAUUUUAAAAGUGAGUUCUAAAUAUGCCAACUAAACUUCUGCCUGCUUGUGUCGUCGUGGGUUUUUGUACGAGGGCAUAUUAGGGUUAGGGUCACCACUCAGAGGGGUUUUUAAUCAGGUGUGCAGAUUAAAGUUGGAAUAGAUUUAAUUCCAAAUAAUGAAGGAAAUUUUUUAAAUAUUAGUUCCUCAAUAUGAAAUGUUGAGAAGUGAUUUGAAUAUUUUUAGUCCAGAUUAAAUUAGAAAUAUUGAGGACAAAACAAAACUAUUUUUAAAAUUAAUUUGAGAUUAUGAGGAUUUUUUAUUUAAUCCAAAAUAAGAGUCAGAAUUUCUAAAGAUUUGGAAGACUUUCAAAAUAAAGUUGAACUGUCCAGAUUUUCUUUUAUGUUUCCAGAAUUUGAAACAACAAGAGGAAAGUUAAAAUAGCUCUUCAGAAUGAAAUCUAAAUGUUGGGAAAAAUCUAAUAUUUUUACAAUAAAGUAGCAACAGAAUUAGGAACAUUUAUGAAAUAAACGCCACGUGUCAACGAAAAAUAAUUCAUAUUUGCAGAUAUUUUCCAGGGGAAAUCUUUGAAAAAUGAAAUUAAAAUGUUAGAAAAAGUCCAGAUGUUUACAGAUUAAAACAAUUUUGACAUUAAAGGGUGAAUCAAAACCUAAACCAGCACAGUAGACUUACAAUACCCAUAAUGCCUUGGGAUAAUUGUUACAUCAUACUUAAUAUUAUGUUAAGGCCACAGUGGGAAUUUAAUUAAAUAAUAAAUAAAUAAACUUUAUGAAUAAUCAAGUUAAAGUCACUACAGAACUGCCUGAUAGAAUAAUAACAAACAGAAUAAUACAUGAUAUAGCUUCUUUUCAAAUUUUCCUCAAACAAACAAACAAACAUUCCAGCUCACCACACCCUCCUAACAUGUCAUAGUUUUAGGUAGCAAGAGUUAGAUUACGGUAGAUUAUGGUUACCCUGAUGUGUUUCUGUAGAGAAACAUUUACCACUGUGUUUUUGUAUCUGAAGAAACAACUUUUGGCUGAAAAACACAAAAAACAACCUGUUACAGGAGAAAGUGUGGACACCUGUAAAACGACACAAAAUGUUUCGUUAAAUCCUUUCAAGUCAGCAGUGAAGAAGAAAUAAAGAGAUCUUUAAGAAGCAGCCGGGAAGUGUGAGAUGUUCCUGGAAGGUGGAUGCUGAGUGGUUCCCAAAGGGCAGCAGACAAUAGAGAUCUGACAGCCAGGACGUCAGCUGGUAAAGGACUCCCGUCUCAUUUAAUGGACGAUUCAGCCUCCAGUCACGUAAUUGGAGUCAUGAGCUGUGGGUGUAAAGUCCUAGUCCAUGGAGAUACGGCUCCAAGUGGAAGGAUGUGUUUUAAUAAAUCCAGCAAAUCAAUUAGUUUGUAAGUGGAAAAGCUGCAGCUCUGGGAGAUGAUUUAAAGCGUCCAACAGGAGGCGUGUGAUUUAUCUUCUGUGUGAAAUCGUGUUGGGUGUUAUUCCAGAACCUGGACCAACGCUGGACUUUACUUUGCAGUACGAGGAACGGUGAAUGUAUCGCCCUUUGAUGUUUGAGGAGCUGUUGAAUAUUCUGUCCAGUCUGUAGUGGGAACCUUAGUGGCUUCAUUUUGCAAAACCCUGUUUAGCUUUAUUUUGAUGUUAGAUUAUGUGAAAUGUUAAUGUGAAGAGACCGGAGGAGAAGGCAGCUGUUAGACGAAAGUGCUUUUGUUUAAUUAAAGGAGGAGACAUUCCUUUGACCCUGCUUAUGUUGCUCUUAAACUCCUAAUUGUCACUUCAAUAAAUGAGCAUGUGCAUGUA